ACCCGGCGGCGGGGCGGGAUGGCGGCGGGGCCGCGCCGCGGAAGCGCGGGGGAGAUGCUGGAGGCGGCUCCGAGUUCGCAGCGCCCGAGAGGGGAAGCGGGAGGCGUGUGAGCUCCUGCCGGUCCCCGCGGCAGCCGCUGCCCCGCGGCGCUCCGCCGGCCCCCUGCUCGCCCGCGGCUGCUCGCAGCCCCGCACGCCGCCGGCCUCCGCCGCCCCUCGCUGCCGCUGGAGGAGGCUGCCCACCCCAGCGGCGCAGGAUGCAGUUUCGCCUCUUCUCCUUUGCCUUGAUCAUCCUGAACUGCGUGGAUGACGGCCACUGCCAAGCCGGCCGCUGGAGACGCAGCAAGAGAGCUAGCUAUGGACCAAAUCCAAUUUGCAAAGGCUGUUUAUCUUGUUCAAAGGAUAAUGGGUGCAUCAGAUGCCAACACAAGUUAUUCUUCUUCCUACGAAGAGAAGGAAUGAGACAAUAUGGUGAAUGCUUGCAUUCCUGCCCAUCGGGGUACUAUGGACUCCGAACGCCAGAUAUGAACAGAUGUUCAAGAUGCAGAAUAGAAAACUGCGACUCCUGCUUUAGCAGAGACUUUUGUACCAAAUGCAAAACUGGCUUUUACUCGCACAGAGGCCGCUGCUUCCGAGGAUGCCCCCCUGGAUUUGCAGCCUUGGAAGAGCUUAUGGAAUGUGUGGAAGGCUGUGAAGUGGGUCAGUGGAGUGAGUGGGGAACUUGCAGCAGAAAUAACAAAACCUGUGGAUUUAAGUGGGGCCUGGAAACGAGGACAAGACAAAUUGUGAAGAAGCCAGCAAAAGACACAAUACCAUGCCCAACCAUUGCAGAAUCCAGACGCUGUAAAAUGGCCAUGAGGCAUUGUCCAGGAGGGAGAAGGCCAACAAAAACAAAGGACAAGAAAAAGAAGAAGAAGAAUUUGAUGGAAAGGGCUCAGAAGCAGCACAGCAUCUUUUUAGCGACAGAUAAAACAAGCCAGUAAAGACUUGAUUUUCUUUAAUAUAUUUUUUGCGAAGUGCACAAAAGCUGCUAUAUGCUCCUGCCCAUGGAUGCACUACGAUUCAGCUGCUUUGACAGUAUUGGUGGCAAAUAACUUGUGAAAAAAAAAAAGCCCACAAGCUUGUUUGUUUUAUUUAUAUAUUUUUUAUUUUAUUUUUUUCCUCUCAUUUUUGACCUGAAGACUUCAAGGUCAGGAGUGCACUGAGUUGAAUCAGUGAAAGUGGUGCUGAAGUAUGUCAAAGAUUCGUCCUGAGUGCCUGGUCACCAUGUUGACACGGAAGGGAAGCAGGAAAGAAACCUAUGUAUCACCAUUAGGCGGACUUGUGCAUAUUUAAAUAAAAAAAAAGGAAGUCUUGGAGGUGUAGGUACUAUUGCAUUUAUGGCCUUUGUUUCCUUAUUUGUACAUUUCAAGAGUAAAUGGAUAUGACUUACCUACAUAGCGUUAAUGUACAUUGUUCUCAGCACCUGCUACAUUGAAACAGUUGUGUAAUAAAACUGCUUUAAAGAUAAUAUACCACAGGAAUUACUGCUUAGACUUACAGAAGCACAACAGACCCUAUGUGUACAUAUUAAUCUGUCUACAUAUAAAUGAACAUAUUUACUGUACAUCUAUGCAUUUUUAUGUAUAAUACUUUAUACAUGUUUAAAGUUAUGUCCUGUUGGUUCUAGUAAUAUACUUUAAAGUAAUCCAGUAAAUGUUUACUUUUUACUAUGUUUUAAGUAUCUUCUCAUAUUUCUCAAUAGUUACAAACUGGAUUUUUUUUCUCAUUUGUAAAGUACAUUCACAUGGCUAAACUACCUUGUACUGACGCUCGCAAUGGAGUGUCAGCUCUGAAGUAUACUUGCCAGAGUAGUAAACCACAAAUCUUUUCUGCUAUUCUGUACUACUAUCUCAGCCCCAGUGUAUUUGUCUCAGAAAAAAGAAGUGUAACUUUUUUAAGAAGUGGCACAAUGAUAGAUUUUUUGAGUGUCAGGAGAGAAAUGACGUGGGAAGUUCUUGGUAUCUAAGAUUGUAUGUGUAGUUUUUUUCAAAUAUAAUCCAUAAUGUUUUAUUUCUGUUAGUCCUGGUCCAGUCAGAUACAGCAAACAAAUACCUGAAUAGGGGAGAAAUAAAAGAAAAAGCUAUGUGAGUUCAGUCAUUCAAAAGUAUAGCAAACACCAGUGUCCCGGUAUUGCCAGUUAUUUGUGGAAGUUUAGCAAAUUUAAUCUGCAUCUGGUGUUUGGUUUGGGUGUUUUUUGGGGAGGGGUGGAGAGAAUUUUCUGUGUAGGAAGUUAAAAUGGCUCAGGAUGUUUAAUUUGGUAAUCCAGCAUUAUUGGGCUUGCAUUCAAGGAGAUUUUUUUAAUAUCUGCUGGGAAAAGCCCAUGCUAAAAUGGCUGUCAUUUAUGCUGUCACUUAGAGAAGUUAUUCCAGAUCUAGGACUAAAAAUUGCAUAUGACCUACCCAAAGCAAGGAAAAGGUAAAACAGACCCCAGACCCAUGCAGAACUCUUUUUGACAUAUACUUUAGAAAAAUCCCACAAAUCUCAGUUUUAGCUUUAUGGGUUAUAUGCUUUACAAAUAAACUAGGGGAAAAAAAACAUCUGUAAGCACAAAUAUAUACAUAUUUAGCUAGGACAAGUGUUGCUACAAAAAUGUGCGGUAGUUAGGCACAUAUGAAUGUUCCAUGAAACCGCUUGUGGACUUCCAGUUAACCAUGAUGUUUUCACCAUCUUUCAUUUAGAAUAUGUUCAUAUUUACCUAGAACAUAAUAAAGUUAAGGACAGUAAGAUUGUUCUGAUCCUGGGCUGCUAUUUUGGACAUUAAAUGCUCACUUAAAAAAAAUAAAAGACAAUAAAAACUGUAGCUGCCUGUUUGCUUACUGGUUAUCAAAUUUGGCUGUAAGUGCAGUGAAAGCCCUUAUACAAUCCUUCUAGUAGUGGUUACAAAUAUUGUAUUAGGCAUGUCAUGGAAAGAAUGCUACAAAAUACAAUAAAAUGAUGUCACAA